UUCCAAUCCUGCUUUCUACCUCCAAAAGAAACCCAUAGAAAAACAUUGGAGAUUCUUUCUGUUCAUCUCCCGGAUAACGACGAAUUUGUAGAUUCUAGACAGCGGAAUUGUUAAUUACAGUGAAGCGAAGUGAGGUUGCUUUUAAUUUGCUGUGUAUUUUCAUCUACAGAAACACACAAAUGGUUAAUUCUACUCAAGUUCCUUCAUCAAUGGAGUCUUCCAGAAAAAGAAAAUCAAGAACUAGACGCGAAGGCCCAAAAGGGGUAGCUGAAACUCUUGCGAAAUGGAAGGAAUACAACAAGAAGAUCGAUAAAUUAGAUGAAAAAGCUAAACCAACACGUAAAGUCCCUGCAAAAGGGUCAAAGAAAGGUUGCAUGAAAGGUAAAGGAGGACCUGAGAACUCAAGGUGUAAUUUCAGAGGUGUAAGACAACGAACAUGGGGUAAAUGGGUAGCUGAGAUUCGAGAACCCAAUAGAGGUAGUCGAUUAUGGCUUGGAACUUUCGGGUCAGCAGUUGAAGCUGCCCUAGCUUAUGAUGAAGCUGCCCGAGUCAUGUAUGGUCCUUGUGCUCGUCUCAAUCUCCCAAACUGUCGAACCAUGAGCGAGUAUUAUUCUGAAUCAAUGGUGGUUGCUAAUGGUGCUUCAAGUUGCGACUCCACUACAACGUGUAGCCAUUCUGAAGACUCCAAAAAUGGGUCGGGUAGUCAAAUAGUCAAAGAUGAUUGUGAAUCGAAUUGCAACGAAUCUGGUAAUCCGCCAUUGAUGACGACUGUUAAACAAGAAGUUGAAGAUGAGGAAGAUGGAAAAGAUGUUAAAGUUAAGGAAGAACCUGAUGAGAUUGAUUUUCAAAACGUUCAUGUUGAUCAUGAGUUGUUUGAUAUGGAAGAGCUUCUAGAACUGAUGGAUCAAAAAAGUCCGGGUUCGAAACCCGACCCGGGGAACCAAGUGCAUGAUCAAGGUGGUGAAGUUGACCGGAGGAGUGCACCCUACUGGCGGCAGCAAGAGUUGCCGGAGGUUGGCAACCGGAGCAAAGGAGAAGAUGGUGGUGGUGAUUAUGGGUUUGAUUUUUUGAUGCCCGGAAGACCCGAAGAUUAUAAUUUUACAUUAGAUGAUCUAGGGUUUGAUUUAGGAGGUGAUUUGGGUUUAUAAGCGCUGUGAAAAUAAUUGUUAGAUCGAUGAGUAGUAUUUAUCAGGGAAAACAUGUUCGUUCUGCUGACGUCAUAUGGAAUUUUAGGGUAGUUGUAAGUUAUGUGGUUCUUGGGAAAAUGAUAGUUCUUUGUAUUUCUACAGGAACCUGUAUAGUUAAAGAUAUGUAGAUAACCCCGUAUCGUACUUUAAUCAAACAACAAGAGUAAUAUAAUUAACUAGAGUUCUUUUUUUUUA